AUGGCCUCGACGGAUGCUGCGGGAUAUCGGGAAGUGGUCAGAAGUCAGGACCAGCAGCAGAUGGUGGCUUUUCUGCAGCGAAUGAUUCAGCUGCAUCACCUCCCAGAGGUGGCCCAGCCGCAGACUCUGCAGACUCUGGCACGGCAGCAUUUGAAAGGGCUCAGCAGCUUCGAGGAACUCUUGCAUGAGCUGCGGGCCUUGGCUUCCCAAGAGCCCAGCAGCUCCAGUCACGCCCCUAGACCUGAUGCAGCACAGGCUCUCAGGGGCGCAGCCGGUGCCUCGACACUGAGCCAAGAGGCAUUGAUCGAUGGGCAAAAUUUCGUGGCGCAGGCGGUGGAGGGCUCGGGCGUGUUGGCUCUGGUGUCACCACCCUGGUCCCUGCGCUACGUCUUUGGUCCUCGAAACUUCCAACUGGUCAUCCGAAACGUGGCGGAUCCCACACGGGGGCUGGUGCUCGGGUCGAGUCCCAAUGAGCAGAUGCUCCGUUCGAUGGCUGAGAAGCUGAUCUCCGAGUUGGGCACUCAAGUGGCCCUGCUGGGCCAGGCGGAGGCCUAUCAGACGCUGCACGGCCACCCCGCGCUGCUGGCGCGGCUGUCUUCGGCGCCCUUGGAGGUGGCAGCGGAGCUGCAGAUCCCCACUGCGCCACCGGAGGAGGAAGUGCGCCCGGACGAAGAACAUGGUGACUGUCCCAUUUGCCUUGAAGCCAUGGGCUCUGGAGAGGCGGCGAUGCGCUGUGCUGGGGAUGGGGGGCAGCACCACUACUUUCACGCCAGGUGUCUGUCCACCUGGGUUCGCCGCCGUGAAGGGGGUGCUUCAAGCGCCACCUGCCCAAUGUGCCGGGGACAGCUGCAGAUGAACGGCCAGAGAUUGCAGGAAUUCUUGGAUGGAGAGCAAUCAGCGCAGCUGUCACAGGAUGACCGAACCUACUUGCAAUCGAUUUCAGAUGGAUUGUGCGGCCGAAACAGCUGGAGCACCAUGAAUCGAGUUGAGAAGGCAGCUUAUGCCGGCGGCCUGCUGGCUGCAGCCAGUUGGGGCUUUGUGCUAGGCUACACUGAGCGAAGGCAUCGGGUGUCGCACGCACUGGUCUUGGAUACCCUGCCAGCAGAGCACCAACUGGCACAGGGACUGGGAUGGCUGGCAGGGAUCAUCGUGUCCUGCAUUCGGCAGAGCCUCCGUGAUCGCGAGGACCGCGAGGACCGCGAGUCGCGUGAGCGGCGCCGGACAUCAGUUCCAUGCGCCAUGGAGCUGCGACGUACGCGGCUGUGCCCCUGGAAACCCGUGGGCAUCGAUGCCCUGGCCUUCAGCCCCAGCGGCACGCUGGCCGUGGGAAGGGAAAAUGGCGCCAUGGAUGCUUGGCGGAUGGCGGAACUCUGGGAUUCGAAGACUUGGCACUUACGAUGUUCCUCCCCUGGCAAGAACGGCCGCUCGGUGGUCAGCAUCAUCUGGGUGCCUGGCAGUGAAACAACGCCCGAGCGGCUCCUGAGCGCGGGACUGCAUCGUGAGAUCACCGAGUGGGACGUGCAGACUCUGGAACCGAUUGAGACCGCCACUUCGGGCGGAGGCGCCAUCUGGUCCCUGGCGAUGUCCAAGGACAACUCGACCCUCUUUUGCGCCUGCGAUGAUGGCAGCCUUCGUAAUUUAUCCUUGGAGGGCGGAGUGGGCUCGCUCAUGUACAAAGGUUCCAUUCAGGUGGAACAGUCGCGCUUGCUGAGCGUGGCCGUGGGCUCGGAGCCGGGCACGGUCUUCGCGGGCGGCUCUGAGAGUCGCAUCUCCAAAUGGUCGGUAACCAGCAAGACAAAUGAGGGGAACAUGAUGGUGGAGCGCCCUGGAAAUGGGCGUGGGGCCGACUCUCAGCAUACCUUGAUUUGGCGCCUGCUCAAUUUGGAGGACGAAAUGCUGGCCAGUGGGGAUAGCAUCGGUCUGGUUUACAUUUGGGACAUCGUGGCCUGUGUGGUGCUGCAGCGCUUUGCCCAACACCAGGGGGACGUGACAGCGCUGUGCAGCAACGGUGAGCUGCUGAUGAGUGGCGGCAUCGAUGCGAAGAUUGCGCACUACACCCGCCUGCGGGGAUCCCGGGAGGAACGAUGGUUGCACAGCGAUGUGACCUUCUGUCAUUCACACGACAUCCGGGCCAUUGCCAUCUGGAACAGCUCUCAGGGCGACCGGCAAAAACCCACCUACGUCUCUGGUGGUGUGGCUGGGAAUCUUUUCGUGCAGGUCCGUGGCCAAGGGCGAAUCAAAAGACCGAUGGAAUGCUCCGCCUUCUCACCCUUGAUGCACCAAGUGUGCUUUGCCCAGUCCAGUCGUUUCAUGCUCACGCAGCAAGCAAGACGGCUGCACCUUUGGUAUAUGAAGGCAGUUCCUUUUGGGCUUGGAACCGAAGCCCUGGAAUUGGGUGCGGCCUCCAUUGCAGGAGCCACAGCUGCGGCUAUUGGACGGAGAACUGGUUGA